GUGUUAGGGUAUUCACAUGUGCACUCAGGUGUCCAUGGAGGACAGAAGAGGAUGUUAGAUAUCUUGGAGCUGGAGUAAAGCCACUUGUCUUGCCACUGCUGCUGAUUUGGGGUUUGUGUCUGCUAUCCCAAUACUGCUGAGCUGGACUGCGGGUGUAUCCGUGAAGUGUUUGUGAGUGGAUCGAGCUGCUGUUGCUGAUUUCUGGGAACUGAACUGCAGAUUUCCUGACAACGCAGAUGGGAUUUGCUCCAAAGAACAAUUUCCAAACAGGCUGUUGUAUCUAAAAAGGCAAGUGAGUCAUGCAUUUCAAGGUAGAGGACUCACAUCCCAAUAUGAAGACUGUCAUCUUCCUUGUGUUUUUCUGGGGGCUGUCCUGUGCUCUCCCAGUCGCCAGAUACCAAAAUACUGAAUCUGAAAGCUCUGAAGAGACGAUGGGUGAUUUGGCUCAGUCACCACCGCCACCCACGAACAGUGAGUCAUCAGAAGAAAGUCAAGUUAGCCCAGAGGGACAGGCAAAUAGUGACCACAUGGACAGCAGUGAGUCUGGAGAGGAGCUGGCCUCCAACAGAGGCCAGUAUAGACCGGCUGGUGGUCUCUCUAAGAAUAUGGUGACUGGCACCGAUAAGGACGAUGAUGAAGACGACAGUGGAGAUGACACCUUUGGUGAUGAGGACAAUGGUUUAGGACCUGAAGAAGGACAAUGGGGAGGACCCUCCAGACUGGACAGUGAUGAGGACUCUGCAGAUACCACACAGUCCAGUGAAGACAGCACCUCUCAAGAAAACAGUGCCCAAGAUACCCCCAGUGACAGCAAGGACCAUGACAGUGAGGAUGAGGCAGACAGCCGGCCUGAGGCAAGGGACUCCACUAAGGACAGUGAGAGUGAGGAACAUCAGGUGGGAGGUGGCAGCGAGGGGGAGAGUAGCCAUGGGGAUGGCUCUGAGUUCGAUGAUGAAGGGAUGCAGAGCGACGACCCCGAGAGCACCAGGAGCGAUCGAGGCCACACCAGAAUGAGCAGCACUGGUAUCAGGUCAGAAGAAGGGGACCACGAGCCCACGAGCAGUCAGGAUUCAGAUGACAACCAGUCUGUGGAAUUUUCAAGCAGGAAGUCUUUCCGAAGGUCCCGCAUCUCUGAGGAAGACAACAGGGGCGAGCUUACUGACAGCAACAGCAGGGAAACCCAGAGCGACUCCACAGAGGAUACGGUCUCCAAGGAGGAAAGCAGGAGCGACACAGCCGAGACCCAGUCCCAGGAAGAUAGCCCGGAGGGACCAGACCCCAGCAGUGAGUCCAGCGAAGAGGCUGAUGGGCCAUCCCAGGAAAGCAGCAGCGAGUCUCAGGAAGGGGUGGCCAGUGAGUCCAGGGGUGACAACCCAGAUAACACAAGUCAGACAGGAGACCAAGAAGACAGUGAGUCCAGUGAGGAGGACAGCCUGAACACAUUCUCUAGCUCAGAAAGUCAGUCCACUGAGGAACAAGCUGACAGCGAGUCCGACGAGAGCCUCAGCCUCUCAGAGGAGAGUCAGGAGUCGGCCCAGGAUGGGGACAGCUCCAGCCAGGAAGGCCUCCAGUCUCAGAGCGCAUCCACCGAGAGCAGGAGCCAAGAGAGCCAGUCUGAGCAGGACAGCCGUUCUGAGGAAGACGGUGACAGUGAAUCUCAGGACAGUAGCCGAUCCAAAGAAGAGAGCAACUCUACAGGGAGCACUUCCAGCAGCGAGGAGGACAUGCACCCCAGAAACAUGGAGGCUGAUAGUAGGAAACUAAUAGUUGAUGCUUACCACAACAAGCCUAUCGGGGACCAAGAUGACAAUGAUUGUCAGGACGGCUACCAGCGUUAGCUUGGAUAAGAAGUGGAUCUCACAGGACGGAGUCUUGGGGGCCCCAGAGUGGAGAGUCCACUAUAACUAUAAUUUAUUGAUGUUUUGGUCAGAAGUAAAACCAGGGGCAGGUUUUUAAAAUUUUGUUUUUGUUUUUGUUUUAUUUCAUUUUGUUUGUUGCUUGGAUGGUUUUUGUUUUGGUUUUUUCCUGUGAGGGAUUGUUGGGCCUGACACUCUUUUCCAGGGGGUGUCUCACUCCUUAGAGGCUUAAAUAUGCAAGAUGAUGUCAGAGCACACACAGUGAGAAUAGAACACAGGAAUCAUGCCCACAGCAGCUUCAUAGAUGCUCUGCUUCACCAACCUGACAGUUGCUGAGGUUCUGUUACAUAUCAGGCACAGCACUGGGCGCUGGUGUGUGUGUGUGGGGUGCUUCAUGCUCAGUCUUGCUCCUGGGGAGCUGGUUCCAAGGAGGCACUCAAAUGUAACACAUUAAUGGAUACGAAGAAGGAGCCCCGGUAGUGGAGAAUUUGCCCUGUACCCCUUUGGCUGGCUCCUAGAGGCUAACAAAUUAUUGCAAAAAGCCCCUGCCACAGCUGAGGUGUGCACCACAGGGAAUGGGAGCACGACAGGGGGUGAUCAGCUUCGCUCUGGAGAAUCAGAGGUUCUAAAGUAGCAAAGGCUGGAGUUGGAGAGUUACAUAAGAUUUCUCCACUGAAGACAAUAUAAUUCUAUUUAUUCUUGAUAUAAACAGUAUUAAAUCUUAUGCAAUUAAAUAUUUAGUAUGUAAAGGCAUUCUCAAAUGAUGGUACAAUGGAAUAUCUUUGAUAGCUUAUUUUUUCCCAACUAAUUUACCCUAUUGAGUGCUUUUGUGGGCCUUCUGUAAACAUGGCUUCAAUGAUGAUGAGGAGGAAAAUUUGCUAGGGAGAUGGGAGAAAAAUAUAUUUAAAAAAAGAUGUAUAGCUUUAUUUUUUCCAGAUUAUUCAUGUGCAGUGCAAACACUAUCCCUGAGUCCUCUCCAUGUGUUGCAUAUAGAAAAAUUCUGCACAUAGGGCUCCACUGUUUUGUUGUUGUUUCUUUACCUUUUCUAGUUUUUUGUUUUUUGGUCAAGUGCCAUUGAAGUGUUACCUCAUGAGAAAUAUUUGUUUUGUAAUAAAGAUAAUAAUUCCCAGAG